CAGAGUGCAUAAUCUGCAAUGAGUUCCUAGGCUGUUACACCGUGGGUCAUAGCAGAAAAGACUGCUUGAGUUCUUGCACGUUAAGCGCCCUUGAGGGGAUUUAUUGAGAUUCCACAGAAUCUCAUUUCCAGUGUCCACCACAAGUUCCACCUCUGCAUGUUCAUCACCAUCUCCUAUGAUGAAUCUUGCAAUGACAUCAACAUCAUUUGACGCUUCAGUUGUAGCAGCUGCUGACCGAUUUAUUGGUCUUGGCUGGUUCAUGAAUUGUGAUACUAAUGCCGAACGAUUAUUCGAGCACGUAUCACAUGUUCUUGUGAUAGGCAUUGAGAAGCCAUCUUUGGUGGUGAUGGUGAUUGUAAAAUGAAUGGAAAUGCUUCUUGGAUGGAGAAGAAUCCAUUAAUGGAAGAAGGUGGGAGGGAAUGAGUGAUUAGAGGUGAGGUGAGGUUAUCUGUCACUCUCUGCGACUCUGGAUUACCCUUCUUCUCUUGCUCUCACCAAAGUAACGUGCUCUUCUCCUCUCCUAUACGAUUGUUGUGUUACGUCUACUCUCUUCUCCUUCUCCGUCUGUUUUGUAUUAGUUCGUUGUUGGCAUCAGAUUUUUGGGAAUAGGCUUUCAGCUAAAGUGGGGAAUCAAUGACAUACUUAAAAUGCCAAAGAAAGCCUUUCCGCCACUGGAAUUUCCUGAGCUUGGAAGUUGCAACCUUCUGCAGUCAUUUUUGAACAAUGAGCUUGGAAUUAGCAGCAGAGAAAGGUUGCUAUGGUAUUUUAUUUGUUCAUUCAGUAUUUUUGGCUCUUUUGGUCAAAACAUAGACCAUUUCCUUUUUGAAUUGCAAAAUACCAACUUCUACAAGAUUAUGUCAAGAUGCUGCAUUGUUUCAGGUGAUAACUUUCUUCAAGGAUUGCUCAUCAAUGGUUGGCUUACAAAAUUAGCAUUCCUCUGUGGCCAUAUAGAAAAACCAGUAGCCAUUUGGUCCUUCAACACAAUGUUAUAUUCAUCAAAUGAAGAGCUCCGAAACUCAUCCUCUGUAAAUACAUGUUUGUUAUGUUUCCUUUUGGUUGAUCAAUUGCCUGUCAAAAUUGGUUGGUUUCCUGAGUACUCAGAUUUGAGAAGAGCUCUUGACACUUCUGGGUUUCUUUUUGAAUUUUCAUCCAGUGGUGAACCCAAAAAUUUAGAUUCUGACACUGGAGAACCACCCCAAAAUAUUCGAGCCUGGCUCAAAUUUGUCACUGCUUGUUGUCUAAUGCGGAGUAAACAACCAGCAUUUUCUGUUGUAGAAGCUGAAGAACUCAUUGAAAGCAUUAUACGUCUAUUCCUAGAUCGCCAGUUUCAAGGUUUAUUAGUGCUUUUGAAUGAUUGCAUGCAAGCCAUUGUCAAUUACUUCACAGACCAGGAAUGGCAUUCAAGUUGUGAGAACAUAGCAAAAUUCGUUGCUUCCAGAGUAGCUCAGCUAGAAAGCCUUGGAGUUGUGGAGGCUUUGAAGGACCAAGGAGUGUGUAGGUGGAACUAUGUUCUCAUAAAUGUUCAACAACAUGUGAAGAGCCAUGUUAGAUUGUUUUCACAGUUUCCUUCUUCUUCCUCUGCUAUGGGCUCCAUUACAGUACUCAAGAGGUCCCAAAAAGCUAAGCAGUCAGAGGAAUCAUUAAGAGAAGUCAUGUACUUAUCUUGUUGGGGUCCUAUGUAAAUGUUAGUAAUGAGAUCCAUUUAGGACAAUAGAGAAACAAAUUUUCAUCUUUGAUGCUACUAGCUAGGCCAUGAUUCCAUGUAGUCUUGUAUAGGUGGGGUCAUAUAAAGCAAUUAUUUCAUCUUGUAUACAUAACAUCAUCGUAUGGUACAAGAUGAAUACAAGAGUUGUUUGGUUAUACAAGAUGGUUAUAAUGAUUCUUCUUCAAUAUAGAAUGCUUACUUUUUUGUUAA